AGAAAGGAGGGGGUUCUCAGUUCGGUUUUGUUCACUGAUGGGACGGGGUCGGGUAGACUACGCUGGAAGGUAAAGAGGGAGACCUGAACUGUCCUCUACGCCCUGGGGGUGUCUCCUCCCCCAAACAUUGCUGCAGGACUGGGGGCCAUGGUGGGGCUCUGAUUUUAGGAUGCAUCGAGUGGAGGAGGGCAACGCCACAGGAGACAGGCAUCGGGACCGGCUCCCAUAAACCCCCAGACCAGCUCGCUUCAGAGAGGAGGGGGGGAGGCGCUAACUUCUCAAACUAAACCAUCCUUCCACUCCGGUGGUGGGGAAGAGAAAUUUGGGGAUUUUUGCACACACCUGGCAGCCGGGAGGCUCGGAGCACUCAGCUGCUUUGGGGGACUGGUGGAGGGGUUACCUGGGUGGGGUGGGGCGGUGGGGGGAGGGCAGCGUCAUCUCCUGACGGAUCGGCGGACUCACUGGCGAGCAGACCGGAGGCAUGGCGGCGGACGUGGUGGUGGGGACGCUGUACAAGCUGCUGCUCCCUCUGCUGCUGCUCGCAGCCAUUUCCUUCAGAUACAAUGGGCUGUCUGUGGUCUACCUCCUCUUCCUCCUCAUUCUUCCUCUUCUCCCAGAUCCCUCCAUAGCCUCCAUGAAUGGCAAAACGGGGAAGUUCCUGCUUUUUAUCUGCUGCACGAGCGUCAUGUUCCUGGCCUUGCAGUGCGGCCUGCAGAUCACCUUCGCCUACGUGGAUGUGCAAGUGAGCGGAUUCUGGGAAGAUGUGUUCUACUGUUUGGGGGUUGUGAGAUUCAGCGCGGUGGACGCGGGAAACAUCGCUCGCCUGCUCGCCCCGGACAUCGGGCUCUUCCUGUCUUCGCUCUUCAUCUACCGGCUCUGCAGGAGGCUGCUCCGGCCGCAGGUCCAGGCGGUGCCGCAGAACUGCAUCGCGAACUCUGACCCCGAGCAGGACCUGGAGCAGUCGGACUCGGACUCGGACGUGGGCAGCGAUGGCUCUGAGGACCAGUCCUUUGACAGCUCGUAUGAGACCAGCGGCACGCCCCGGGCCCCCCCGCGCUUCGUUCAGAAGCUGAUGGUGUUCGCCGCGGGUCUGCGCCUCCUGCUGGCCACCAUGCUCAACACCGCCGGCAAAGUGGUCAUCACCAUCCUCCUGGGCCUAGCAGGCAUCUCGCUGCCCUCCCUCACCUCGGCGCUGUAUUUCGGGACCUUCCUGUUCCUGGUUUGGUGGUGGGUGUGCGGCCGCUCCCUAAGCCUGCUGGUCUUCAGUACGCUGUGUGUGCUGAUGGCCAUAUUCAGCGCCGGGCACAUCCUGCUGCUCUACCUGUACCAGCUGCCCCUGUCCCAGGAGCUGGUGCCCCCGCGGGACGUCUACGCCAGGCUCUUCGGAAUGACGGCCUUCAUCCGGACCAACAGCUCGGACCCACACCGCCUGGGCCUGCAUCCGGACGUCACCUGGCCCGUGUUCGUCAGCCCCCUGGUGGUGCUCAUGCUGUACUACACCCUGGUGGCCAUGCUGCACAAGUGGGUCCACGUAGUGGAAGAGGACACGCCCAAGCACAGACCCUGCAUCUCUGAUGAGCCCCCAGGUCUCGGGGGGGUGCUGUGGCUCGCAGGGGACAAGGCCAAGCUGCUAGCCAGUAUGGACGAGGACGAAACUAGCCUUUCAGACGAGCCAAUGGUGAUGCUGUUGAACAACUCAUGGCAAGAACCCGGCGAACAGGAAGUGAUGUCAGCCAUGGACAGGACGUGCUACUCCCUGCCAGUCUACGGAAGACAGCAGUCUCACACACCCGAUUCCCAGGAGGAGAAGAGCUUUGGGGAGGGGCUUACGACCGGCAUCACCGAGACCGAGCCUAGCCCGGCCGGGCCCAGUGGGCUGGUUCUGUUUGGGCAGAUGGUGAUGAAGCACAGCUACAUCAGCGCUCUCAUUGUGAUGAUGAUAUGGAGCAUCACGUAUAACAGCUGGCUGACCUUUGCCCUCCUGGUGUGGUCGUGUGUGAUCUGGAUCAUGCGGGACCGGCGACGCUACGCCAUGUUGAGCGCCCCCAUCCUGUCGGUGUACGGUACUGCGCUGGUGGUGAGCGCGUUCGUCAGCGGGCUGCGGCUGAGCCGCGCCGAGCUCUACCCCGGCUUCCCCGCCGCCGUGCUCAACGACUUCGACCUGCGCAGCUACCACGCGCCCUGCCUGCACCUGGGGGCCAAGGUCUGCUACGCCUUCAGCUUCUGGUUGCUACAGCGACAGAACCUGAAGGAGAAAAAGGAAGCACAGAUGCUUAAACAGGAAGCACUAGAGGAGGUCAAAGUUCAGCCGUCAGUGGAGAGCGAGGCCUCCCCUCUGAUGACCCUGGUGGGCGCGCUGGUGAAGGGCACCCUGGUUAAAUACUGGAUCCUCUUCUGCUGCGCAAUGUUCUUCGUGGUCAGCUUCUCCGGGAAGGUCAUGGUCUACAAAAUCCUCUACAUCAUGCUCUUCCUCCUCUGCCUCGUCCUCUAUCAGGUGCGCUACGACGUCUGGAGGAGGAUGCUGAAGUACUUCUGGGCCGUGGUGGUCGGGUACUCCAUGGUGGUCCUCAUCUUCAUCUACAUGUACCAGUUCAACAGCGUGUCUGGAAUGUUCCAGCAGAUCAUCGGCAUGUCGGAGGAGGGCUUGCGGGACCUGGGCCUGGAGCAGUAUGACACAGUGGAGCUGUUUGCGCGGAUCCUGCUGCCCGCCAUGUUCCUGCUGGCCUGCAUUCUGCAGCUGCACUACUUCAACACCGACUUCCUGGAGCUCACCGACCUGGACAACAUACCUGUGCGGCAGGGCGGGUCCAGCGAGGAGGACCUCAGAAACUCGGUGAAUGUGAUCUCUGAAGUCAUUAAAGAAAAUGUUGAAAAACUUCAGAAACGGCUGCUUAAGGAGCAGAUGGGUGCUGACAGUAUGGACACUCUGAACAGCAUGUCAACCUGCGGAGAGAAGGAUCCUGGGAAAUCUGAUAAGCAGUCAGUUGAGGAGCCAGUGAGCCGGUGGGGGCUGGUGGUGGACAGGGCCAGUGUGCUGCUGCUGCAGGCCCUGCUGCUGGUGCAGAGGCUGCAGGUGUUGGGCUGGAGGCUCCUGGAGAUCCACAGCAUGAAGAUCGUCUCCACCUGCAUCAUCUGGGUCUCUCUGCGGGAGGUGUCCCUGAUGAAUUACCUCUUCCUGGUUCUCUGGUCCUUCGCCCUGCCCAUCUCCCGGCUCCGCCCCCUGGCCUCCAGUGUGUCCUCGGUCUGGGCGUGCGUGAUGGUCGUCUGCAAAAUGAUGUACCAGCUGAAAGUCAUCAAACCGGAGGAAUACUCUUCAAACUGCACCGAGCGCCUGCUGUCUGUGAACGGAACAGCGCCCCCCAGAGGGAACAUGGCGGAGCUGCUGAGGAAGUCUCUGCUGUACGUGGAGCCCGUGGACCCCGCCGCGUGGUGCGGCGCUCUGAGGAAGUGUGAGGACAGCAUCCUGCCCUGCCUGCAGAACCACUUGGCGGUGCUGGGCCUGCUGGUGUUCGAGGUGACGGUGCACAGACACCAGCUGUACUACCGAUGGCAGAACGGACUAAAGACCCCCCUCACCAGCACCAUCUUCCACAGCAUCACCCGCCAGCACCUGGACCUGGGUCUGCUGCCCUGCAUCAAGUACUUCAUCAACUACUUCUUCUACAAGUUCGGCCUGGAGGUGUGCUUUGUGGUGGCGGUGAACGUGAUUGGCCAGCGGAUGGACCUGUACGCCCUCCUGCAUUCCUGCGCUCUGCUGGCCGUCAUCUUCCGUCGCCGCAGGAAGUCCAUCGGGGAGGUGUGGCCUAAGUACUGCAUCUUCACCGCCAGCCUGAUGGUGUUCCAGUACCUGCUCUGCAUCGGGGUCCCGCCCGCUCUGUGCCACGAUUAUCCAUGGAGAGCAUCCAGCCAGCCUCUCACCUCUAACCUCAUCAAGUGGCUCUACCUGCCUGACUUUGCCAUGCGACCAAACCCUGUUUUCAUCAUCUAUGACCACUUCCUGUUGCUGUGCUGCUCGCUGCAGUGGCAGGUGUUCGAGGACGAGAACCGGGCGGCUGUGCGUCUGAUGGCCGGGGAGAACGUGGAGAUCAGCCGCACGCUGGACUCCGGCACCAUCAGCCAGUUCAUCCCCGUCAACAACUUCCUGCACUGCAGGUCUUACCUGGACAUGGUGAAGGUGUUUGUGUUCAGCUACCUGUUCUGGCUGGUGCUGUGCCUGAUCUUCAUCACGGGGACUACGCGCAUUAACGUGUUCUGCAUGGGCUACCUGGUGGCCUGCUUCUACUUCAUGCUGUUCGGCGGGAGCCUGCUCAUGCAGCCCGUCUGCUACGUCCUGCGCCUCUGGGAGUGGCUCAUCGCCUACACCUGCGUGGUCAUCGCCCUCAAGAACCUGCUGUCUCUGGGAUCCUGUGCGUAUCUGCAUAGCCUAUUGAAGAACGCCUGCUGGCUGAUACAGACGUUCAGCAUGUUUUGCACGAUCAAAGGAUACGAUCUUCCGCCCCCUGAUGACAAGUGCGAGCUGCCAGAGGGCGAGGCUGGCAUCGUCUGGGACGCCAUCUGCUUCACCUUCCUCCUGGCGCAACGCAGAGUCUUCCUCAGCUAUUAUUUCCUCUACGUGGUGUCCGACCUCAAGGCCGCCAAGAUCUUAGCCUCCAGGGGUGCAGAACUGUUUGAAGCCAAGCUGAAGAAGAGCGUGUCAGCCCGACUGGAGAUGGAGAAGAAGUCUGUGGAGACUCUGAAGAAGCAGAUGGAGAAAAUUAAGUCCAAAGAGAAGAAUCUGCCGGGACAAGGAGACCCCGCAAUUCAGAGGGAGGCAGAACCGAAAGGAGGCGAGAGUGAGCCGGGACAGGAAGGCGGUGAAAACCAGUGGUGGCGGCCGUGGGUCUCCCAGCCCUCCAAGACCACCAACGAAUACUACCUGUUUGAGAGUGACAGCGAGGAAGAGGAGGAGGAGACUCAGGAGAAGAAGGAGGAGGAAGCCCUGCCCAAGAAGAAAUCUGCAUUUCAGCUGGCUUACGAGGCCUGGGUCACCAGCUCCAAAGCUGCCCUGAAAGACCACAAGAAGAAGGAGACGGCGAUGAAGAAAGAGGAGAGGAGGAGAGCCAGACACGAGCUACAGGCACAGCAGGGGAUAGUUCGGACUGAUUCCAGUGAAGAUGAACUGGAUAUCACCAGUGCUGAGGAGGAAGAAGAGGCGGAGAAAGAGCACAUCUUGCAUCGCUGCAUCGACACGCUCCGCCUGGGCUGGGUGGUCAUCCUCGCUCUGCUGGACGACCUCACCGACGGGCUCAACUCCUUCUGCAAGGACAACCUGGACAUCUCCAACGUGCUGCGCUUCGAGCGGGCCCUGCUCAGCCAGCAGCAGAAAAAGGGGAAGGAAGUGACACAGCAAAGCAUCAAGCAGUUUUACCAGAGCCGCAUGUCCAGGCAGAAUACACUGACAUCGCUGGACGGACACGAGGAGGGGGAGGAGCUGAUACUGGACCCGCCCCCUUGCUCACCCCCGGCUGUGCCAGGCUCUCCGCGGGGCUACGUCAAGCUGACCAGCGCCAGCUUCAAAGGGUCCUGGGCCAGCAGCGUGUCCAGCUGCAUGACGGAGGAGACCAUGCUGGGGUCCCGCCAGCCUACUCAGGAGGAACUGGACGACCCCCCCGCCCCCGCCCCCACCCCGCCAGCUCCUGUGCAGCUCCGCCGCAGACUCCUCAAAUCCACCCACAUAGACCUGCCCUCCUUCGACAGCGAGAGUCCUGCUGAGGGAGCCCAGCCUGACACUACCCAAGACUGGAAGGACAAAGAGACCCAGCCCACACAGGUGGAGGGUCUGGAGGUGGAGCCCACACAGGUGGAGGUGUUGGAGGUAGAACCCACACAGGUGGAGGGUCUGGAGGUGGAGCCCACACAGGUGGAGGUGUUGGAGGUGGAACUCACACAGGUGGAGGUGUUGGAGGUGGAACUCACACAGGUGGAGGUGUUGGAGGUGGAGCUCACACAGGUGGAGGUGUUGGAGGUGGAGCUCACACAGGUGGAGGUGUUGGAGGUGGAGCUCACACAGGUGGAGGUGUUGGAGGCAGAGCUCACACAGGUGGAGGUGUUGGAGGCAGAGCUCACACAGGUGGAGGGGAUGGAGGCAGAGCUCACACAGGUGGAGGGGAUGAAGGUGGAGUCCAGCCAGGUGGAGGUGUUGGAGGUAGAACUCCCACAGGUGGAGGGGAUGGAGGUGGAGUCCAGCCAGAUGGAGGGGAUAGAGGAUAAUCUUGGAGGUGAACCCCAGGAUCUCACACCUCUACAGCGGCAGGAGACCGAUGAGACGGGGGACCCCCCCACCCCACGGGCCCUGAAUCCAGAGAUGAGAGCCAUGACCGCCAGCGAGCUGCUUCUCAACAAAAUGUUUGAUAAUGAGGAGAUUGAGGAGUCUGACAAGUUCUACCUGACCUUGCCCAAGCACCUGCGGCUGGGCUUUGCCCUCUACCACACCAUGGUGUCCAAGUCCGAGAUGCUCUGCUACUUCGUCAUCAUUCUCAACCACAUGGUGUCUGCCUCCCUGCUGUCGCUGGUGCUGCCCAUCCUCAUCUUCCUCUGGGCAAUGAUGUCCGUGCCACGCCCAACCAAACGCUUCUGGAUGACCGCCAUCAUCUACACCGAGCUCACUGUGGUGGUGAAGUACUGCUUCCAGUUUGGGUUUUUCCCAUGGACCACCUCUGCGUACCGCGGCAUCAACGCUGACCGGCCCUUCGCCCUGCCCAACAUCGUGGGCGUGGAGAAGAAGAACGGCUACGUGCUGUUUGACCUCCUGCAGCUGCUGGCUCUGUUCUUCCACCGCUCUAUCCUGAAGUGCCACGGCCUUUGGGACAACAAGGAGGUGGAGAUACCGGACUUUUUCAAGAAGCUGAAGAAGAAGACACUGCGGAUGAAGGGGGGCGGUGGGGGCGCGGUCGGGGGAGGGGGGGAGAGGGCGCGGUCGGGGGAACCGACGCGGAGGCUCCGGUUUCUUCCCCUGCAGCGCUCCACGGGAUCCCUCUUCCACCGGGCGACCAAUAGCAACAGCACUGACGAGAACGUGGACCAGAAGAAGCGGCGUCCGAAGAGGAGCAGACGGCCGUCCAGAGGGCCACAGACCCGGUCCGAGCACAUGAAGCUCAAACUGAGGGCGAAGAUGCUGGAGGCGAAGACUGCACUCAUAGAAAUAGGCCUGCACAUAUAUCUACCCAUCAGGCAAUUCUUCUAUGACAUCAUCCACCCCGACUACAGCCCCGUGUGUGACGUCUACGCGCUCAUGUUCUUGGUCGAUGUUGUGAACUUCAUCGUUAUCAUCUUCGGGUACUGGGCCUUUGGAAAGCACAGCGCAGCGGCGGACAUCACGGAGUCGCUGUCAGAGGACCAGGUCCCCGAGGCCUUCCUGGUGAUGCUGCUGAUCCAGUUCGGCACCAUGGUGGUGGACCGGGCCCUGUACCUCCGGAAGACUCUGCUGGGAAAGUGUGUCUUCCAGGUCGUGCUGGUGUUCGGGAUCCACUUCUGGAUGUUCUUCAUACUUCCUGGGGUCACAGAGAGGAGGUUCAACAGGAACCAGGUGGCCCAGCUGUGGUACUUUGUGAAGUGCAUCUACUUCGGCCUCUCGGCCUACCAGAUCAAGUGCGGCUACCCCAACCGCGUCCUGGGAAACUUCCUGACCAAGAACUACAACUACCUCAACCUCUUCCUGUUCCAAGGGUUUCGAAUGGUCCCCUUCCUGACUGAGCUGAGGGCGGUGAUGGACUGGGUGUGGACGGACACCACCCUCAGCCUGUCCAGCUGGAUCUGUGUAGAGGACAUCUACGCCAACAUCUUCAUCCUCAAGUGCUGGAGGGAGUCUGAGAAGAAAUACCCCCACCCCCCAGGGCAGAAGAAGAAGAAGGUGGUGAAGUACGGCAUGGGGGGCAUCAUCAUAUUCGGCCUCAUCUGCCUGGUGUGGUUCCCGCUCCUCUUCAUGUCAUUGGUCAAGUCAGUGGCUGGAGUGACCAAUCAGCCGCUUGACGUCUCCAUACAGCUUAGCAUAGCAGGAUAUGAGCCUCUCUUCUCCAUGAGCGCCCAGGAGCAGAACCUGAUGCUCUUCUCUGAAUCCGCCUACAGGCACCUGACCAACCGCUACGCUACCCACCCGUCGGCCAUGCAGUUCAUCGUGAACUACGUGGCAGAGGACAUUGUGAUCGCUCGGGUGAAGAGCGACGCCAGCCUGCUCUGGAGCAUCAGCCCGGCCAGCCGAGCCGCCAUGAUCCAGGAGCUCAGCAACUCCUCCCACAUCUACAUGACCCUGCGCUGGACCCUGCUCAGGAACGCCUCCCUGGUGAUGAACGUGGAGGCGGUGGGGGAGCACACAGUGAAGUAUGAUGACAGGAAGCUGAAGGACGAGAUCGUGCAGAUGCUGCAGGGAACCCGCAGUGAGCCAGUGUUCAUCGACGCCCUGCUGCCCAAGUACAUCCGGGGGUCACAGGGGGCAGAGUCCAAGAUCGCGCACAGGCUGAAAGUCGAGUACCCGGACCGUGCGAAGACCCAGCAGACGCUCGCGCUGUUCCGCCCGCUGUCCAUCCGGCUCCGCCAGGCCAACGUGAGCAUGGCGGGCGUGGGGGGCGACCGGGCGCUGGUGCCGCAGUGGUGGGUGGUGGAGGAGUGCCAGCCCGGCCGGCCACUGGCACCGUGCGACAGCAUCGAGAUGGUGGUGUUCAACGACAAGGUCAGCCCCUCCAGUCUGGGCUUCCUGGCAGGAUACGGCAUCGUGGGCCUGUACAUGUCGGUGGUGCUGGUGAUCGGGAAGUUCGUGCGGGAGUUCUUUAACGGGAUCUCGCGCUCCAUCAUGUUCGAGGACCUGCCGUGCGUGGACCGCGUGCUGAAGCUCUGCACCGACAUCUUCGUGGUGCGGGAGACGGGCGAGAUGGAGCUGGAGGAGCAGCUCUUCGCCAAGCUCAUCUUCCUCUACCGCUCCCCCGAGACCAUGAUCAAAAUGACCCGGGAGAAGAAGACAGACUGACCCCUGCUGGACGGGAGGACCACCCACACCCUGCAGAACCGGUCUGUAAACUGACGGGAUCUGGCCGUACAGUGACCUGUCUAAUGGGUACAUUGACGCACAAAAGAGACGGUCCUCACACUAGCCCGGGACGGGGACAGGGACGGGCAUCUGAGAGGGAUAUGCCCUAUCCCAAGCUGACCAGAACAACAAGGUUACAGAAACACAAGCCUGUCUGUAUAUCCUGACCUUGACUCCUUUGGAUCUGAUUGGCCGUCCCCACGUUCUAGCCCCUCCCACUCCAGACCGUGGAGCACAGGAAGUCCCCACUGCGUCAGACCUGCAUGCGAAGCAAAGGGAACUGCUGCACUGACUCUGCGCAUUAAACGGAUGCAAACUCCUUCCAAAUAAGUUUGUUGUGAAACGUUUCACGGCGCCUGUUGGGUUCGUACCGGAAGAUGACCCAAUUUCUACAGCAUGCUCAUCUUUUUACAUCACAGGUUUUUUAUUAUCAUCAUUAUUAUUAUUUAUUAAACACACUAAUUUCAAAAGCCAUACUGGUAGCACACCGCCCGAAAGUUCAAUGUCAGGCCUCAACGUGUGAACUUCUUUUCUUCUCUGAAAGGCCUAAUAUGGUAUUUCUCAUAUGUUCUAUUAUCAUGUGAUUUUACUGUCAUUUACUGGAUCAAUGGUACAGAAUAACGAAAUGGCGAAUAUGACAGACUGUUGCCUUUGCCGAUUGUACACCUUAGUGAGCGGCGUCUCCUCUUAGAAGCCUGUAGUUCAUUUUACUGCUGCAACACGUGAAUAAACCAUUUCUGACAUACACACUGAAA